UUUUCGGCUUUUUAUUUAGGUGUUCAUUGCUCCCUCGUGGUUGAAAUUUAUUAAGGUGCACCAUGGCCGGUCCGAGUGGUUCUGAUGCUCAGUUCACGGGAUUAUCCAAGCACUUCAACAGUGUGACCACCACAGGACGUGCGAACGUGACAAAAGCAACUCUUGGAACGAUGGCCCUGCUCUUCUUGUUCUACAAGUUGAAACCAUCGAAGAAGCCAUCUGCUUGAAUUGGUAUUUGUGUUUGAUAGUGGAUGAUGUGCAAUCGAGUAUGAGCGGUAUAGUUGGUUAAUGCACUUAAUGUCAAGUUGAAAUGCAAGACUGCCGUUUCUCUUAUCUAUUACGGAUGAAUUCAAGUUCAUGAAAUUUGCCCCCUUUUUUUUAGUGACGCUAAGUUUUAUUAAUUCGAGAUGGAUUUAGAUCAGCACACAUUAUCUGAACUCUACAAAACCGGGCGGCGAUUAUUGGAUGAAUGUGGGAAUUAUCCUUCACUGUCGGACGACUAUAAAGCAAGCGUGAAAAAAGGUACGCUCAUCCUUGAGGAUGCGACUCGAGCAGUUACCUCGCUCGACAUGUUCUCUCGAAACGAAGAUCUCGCAGAAAUCCCUUUGGAGAAUGUUAAGUUUUUGACGCUUCCCUACUAUUUGGGCCACUUGACUUUGCGAUCCGAGUCGCAUACCAGUACGGAGCGCUUGGAGAUACUUGAAGCUGCCCUAAUUUACUUCAACGAUUUCAUCUCAAGAGUGGAGUCUUACGGCAUUCCAACUGGUAGCAGUCCCACCUCAGGAAAUUCAUCAUCGAAUUUAGACAGCCUGAAUGCUGAGCGUAAUGCUAAGCUAAGCCGUUUGCGAAAGAUUCGCGAAUUGGAAUCAAGAUCAGAAACUCUGCUUCGGGAGGAAGGGGGCGAGUCUCAUAAGUAUUGGUCUGUAUUGUUGGAAAAACUGAGUUUAGAAUCCCGUGACGAGAUUGGGAUGAUUGAACAAGAAAUUCCUCUUGCGAAGCUGCGGAUAGAGCAAGAAGUUAGUGGAAAUAAGUUGGAGCCCCCAAAGCCAAGACGAGGGGGACUUAAACCUGUGAUAUUGUGUCGCGAUCAAGUCCAAAAAGAAGUAUUCGGCUUGGGGUAUCCAAGUUUGCCAACCCUGACAGUAGCGGAGUUCUACGAAAAACGCGUUAAUGAAGGCUGGUAUCAGUGUGGAAUGAAGAAAGCUGAGGCAGAAAUGGGUGUCAAUGAAACCGAGGAGCAGAAAGCCGAACGCCAGGAUCGGGAAAAAGAUGCCCAUGAUGAAGCGGCUUUGGAAAAAUCCCGGAAUUGGGAUGAAUUCAAAGACGAUAAUCCUCGGGGCUGGGGAAAUCGUCACAACAAAGGAUGAACUUCCUUUAUUCCUUCUCUGGUUUUUUUUUUUUGGGAACGGGUAAAUAAAAAUGUGUAAAUCGUGAUAAACGCA